AUGAGGAAGGACCCUCAUAAGAGACUUCAGCUCCUACAGCAGUGCCCUAUUUCUUUUUCAGUGUCUGGAAACACUGCUACUAUUGCUAGGCUUGUUCGCUCCAUCCUCCUCCCCUGUUGUUCUCUCUCCCAUGGAAGUUGCAGGAACCCUUGUACCACAAUGACAUCUAUCCAGCUGCCACUGCUACUCCUCUGCCUGACCUUGUGCAGUGUUUGCCUCAACGGGGGGCAGCCCCUUCCAGAGGGAAAUGAGAACCUGGGAAGAAGUCCCCUGGAUGACAUCCUGCAGAGGUCUGAAAGCCUCAUUCUUCAGUCUGUCCUCAACAAAGCUGAAAAGGAAGAAGAGAUGAAUAAAGAAUCAAAUGCCCCUCUGCCAGAAUGGCUUUCCAAAAGACAACACCCUGGAAAAAAGUACCUAAAUGACAUGGAGAAGAGACAGCAUCCUGGAAAAAGAUAUGUUGAGGAAGACACAUCUUAUGGAGACAUUCAGAAGAGGCAGCAUCCAGGCAAAAGAGAGAUAGAAGAUGACUUUGACGGCUAUCUGGAGCUGAAAAAGCGACAGCAUCCUGGCAGAAGGUCAUUGUCGGAUCAGUAUGCUGACAUCCCUGGUGCACAGCUAACCUACUUGAAUGAGUUAUCCAAAAGACAGCAUCCAGGCAGAAGGUAUCUGAUGUACAAGCGCCAGCAUCCUAGCAAAAGAGGCUGGAAUGAUGAGGCAGACCUAAACGACCAAUAUGGUGAGAAACGCCAGCAACCUGGAAAAAGGCACUGGAGUUCUGACAGCCCAGAUGAUGCAGGCCCCUGCAACUUUCACGAGUCCUUCACCUGUAACAAAGGCAGCUUGUUGCUUGAGUUAGUAGAAAAUGUUAGCAAAGACAGGGUAGAGGAAAAACGUCAGCACCCAGGAAAGAGAUCAGCAUGGGAGAGUGAAACAGAGCAAUGA